AUGCAACGAAGCGAUGCCGCCAGGAAAACCAGCAGCGAGUCUGGAAAUUCUUCUUCUUCGCGGCGGAGCCUGUCGUCUUUGUCGCCUGAGGAGCGAGAGUUGACCAACGAGUUGAGGUCACGGCAGCUCUCACUGGCGGGCUUGCAUAGCGGCAGCACAAGCAGCAGCGGGUCGGAGCCCCGAGACAAGCUGCAAGCUGCCGAGGCGGCGGAGCGAGCAGCGGAAGCGGCGAGAUCCUCCCAUGCCGCUGCAAGAAAGGGAUACUCGGACCAGAAGACCCAAUCUCAAGGCAGUAGCAGCAACAGCCAGGCACAGCGCAAGAGUCAGAGCGAGCAUGUCAACACAGACGGCUCAACUUCUGAAACUGGUGGAGAUCCUCGAAAUAGUCAGCUUGUUAGCGACUUGCUAGCCAAAGUUCGAGCUCUUGAAGCUGCCUUGCUGGACCGAGAUGCGCAAGCUGCAAAGAUGAUACUGGACUGCACAAACAUCGACAGCCUUAAUCAAGAACGGCUGCUGGACAUCCAGGAAAAACUGGCGGCUGCUGUCGGUGCCAGGAAGGCGGCGGAAGACGAGCGGGAUGAAAUGGAAGUGAAGGCUGCCGGCGACAAGGCGAAGAACGCAUCCUCCUUGUCUGCUGCGCAAGCAGAACAGCAUAGGAUCCGAGAGAUGCAUCAGAGAACCGAAGCGAAAUCUGAAGAGAUUAACAAAGAACUCCAAACAGCUCGGGAGGAUCUCCGCCAUUCGAAGCAGCGUGCAGAAAUUGACAGCCACCACGAGGCAAAGGCGCAAGAGCUCAGCAAUAGUCGCAUUGACGCGUUGGAGGCUCUCUUGCAGAAGGCGAAUGAUCAGCUUGCGCUGCUUCGGCGCCAAAAAUCCAGCGGCUCAGGCACUUCAAGCGAGCGUGAGGCGGCCCUGCAAACCCAAAUUGAUGAUCUCAUAGCGGAGAGGACGAGAAAUCGCCAAGACAUGAGCGAAGCGCGCUUGGAGCUUCUCGGACUCAAGAAGAGGCAGGCUCUCUCUGCAUUGGACGAACGCCCUGAACCGCAGCCCCGCCGCGGAGCAGGCAGGUCACGAGGAGGUCGAGGACGAGGAAUGCUGGAGAUUAUCGACGAGGAGGAAGACGGUGCCGAGUCACUGCCUGCACCUGGGGAUGAGUCGGCUGCCAGCGAGGGCGCGAGCAGCGACUGUGGAGACCUGGACAGCAUCACGAAUCCGGACCAAUCCGCCCAGAGCGAGCUGUUGAACAAGCUGCUGUCUGAGUUGGCUUCGGAGCGGAGGGCGCAGCAAACCAUGCGAGAUGACCACGCUGGCGAGCAUGCCGAGCAGAAAGAGCAGAUAGCUCAGCUGAGACGGCAACUCCUAGACGCAGGACUUCUACAGGAAUCGACCGCGGCGGAAAAUUCUCGGUUGCUCAAGGUGGGGCACCAGGAUAAGAUCAAGCAGCUUCAGCAAGUUGACGACUUGCAAGUGAAAGUUAGAGAGUUGGAGGACACACUGCGAGGUCAGUUUCUAGAAAUGAAGGUUCAGACUGACAAGGAGGAGGCACAAGAGCUUCUCAACACAGGUUUGCAGGAGAAAGUACAGAUGCAAACCGAGUCGCUUCGAAUCGCUAGCUUGCGACUGCAAGAUUCUCUACAGCAGCAUCAGCGGGAGGCAAUGCGCCAACUGCAGGAAGUGAACGCCUUGAAGCUGCAGCUGUCGCUGGAACGCAAGCGACAUGCGAGUCGUGGAUCGGAGUCGCUGCAAGAUGACGGAGAUGAGCAACCAGAGGCGGCACUUUGUCAGCGAGUGAAGGAACUUGAGGUAGAGCGCAACCUGCUGCUUAGCAAAAUAGAGGUUCAGGAGGUGCACCACCAGGUGCAGCUGGAGGAUGCAUACCGUGACCAUGCUUCCAGACUACAAGAACAGCGAACGAAAUUCGAGGAGCAGAUCGCAGAGAUUCGUUCUCGAUAUGAGCAGGUGAUCCGGCAGCAACCGGUUCAAGUCGCUCCAGAGGAGUUCCUUCUCCGAGAUCCGGACCUAAGUUCCUUGAGGUCCCCUGCAAGGCCAGCUUAUGGCGUAGAGGAGGAUCCCGCAGCAAAGAGCACCAUCGGAGUUGCCAGUGAUGUCAGCACGCCGGCAUCGCAGAGCACAGGCGGCACAGGCGGCACUUCCAUCUCAGAGCAGGUCCGCGGCAUGGUGUGGGCUGUGUUGGGGUUGAUUCCUGAUGCUGUGGCGCUUCAGUGCUCCUUUGAAGACCUGGCCAUCCAGAAGGCUACCGCCAGAGCAGGUGCCAUCUUCAGCGGUCUGGACCUGAUUGGCACGUCCUUUUUCUCCUUGCUGCGUGAGAAGAGCAAUGCCGCAGUGGUGAGGAGAAUGAUGCUUGUGAACCAAUCCAUGGCAGACAGCAGUCAGUCUGAGAUCCCUUCCUUCAUCUCCAAGACACUUGGCAGAUUUGGGUUGCUUGGAAUGGCUGGGCAGGUCCUGGAUGUAGUCUUAUCUAUGGCUCAUUUACCCGCUGAAUCUGCGAGUGCUUCUGGACCGGAUGGUCGCCGCGUCAUCGUGGUCAUCUCUGAGCAACAACAAAAGCGUCGCGGCGAAGUCUCUGUAGCCAGCAGCGAUGUUUGCCCCAGCGACAGCGUGAGUGUAGGCAAACGUCGGCCUCCCUUCGGCGGCUCCCUACAGAGAGCCAGCCUGAGGGCCUCUUUCUUUAAGGCGGACUCAAGGAUCUCCUCUGCCUCCUCCGAGCAUGCCUCCCCGCGAAACUCGCUGGCCGCUGACUGA